AUGAACGCAGUGCCCAAGUCUGGGCCUGUGAAAACAGUCCAGCUUGAGGGCAAGAUCAUCGCCAUCACAGGCGCCAACAGAGGUAUCGGACUCGGGAUAGCAGACUGCUGUCUCGCUAACGGGGCCUCAAAGAUCUACUCCAUCGACAUUGGCGAAACAAGCGACGAAUUUGCCUCUGUAUCAAAGAAAUACCCAGGCCAGAUGUUCGCGCUGCAAGCCGACGUGACGAAAGAAGAAUCUAUUCAAUCAGUCGUCGAGAAAAUUCUCUUUGAAGCCGGUGGUCUGCACGGUAUGGUCGCCAACGCAGGUCGCACAAAGCACAAGCCCGCGCUGGACUUCACAACCGAGGAAAUUGAUCAACUGUGGGGCGUCAAUCUCUACGGUUCCUUCUACACCGCGCGCUGCGCGGCGCGAGCUUUCAUUAAGCAAGGCGUCAAAGGCUCCAUAGUAUUCACCGCGUCCAUGGCCUCGCAUCGUCCCAACAAGCGCGUUCCCAGCGCGCCCUACGGCGCCUCCAAAGCCGGUGUCAAGAACAUGACGCACACGCUUGCCAUGGAAUGGGCACAGUAUGGGAUUCGAGUUAACAGCGUGUCGCCAGGCUUGGUUAAGACGGCGAUGACAUACUGGGUCGAGCAGCAGCCGGAUUGGGAGCAGCAAUUGAAGUACUACGGUGGUAUUCCGCGGCUGGCGGAGAUUGAGGAGCUGGGUGGUGCGUAUGUGUAUCUGUUGAGUGAUGCGGCGAGUUACACGACGAGUAUCGAUGUGCCGGUCAACGGAGUCAUUGGCAUCUGUUAG